GAACAUAUACCCUAGAAAGGGCUAAAGUCGGCGUUGGUGGCCUUGCCAACCCAUCGGCCCAUCGCCGGCUCCUAUACCACGCCCACCACACCUCUCCUCCGGAAAAAAUGGCGGCGGCGGCGGCGGAGGGUUUGGCAGCUUACCGGGCGGUGCUGCGGGCGGCGCGGCGGACGUUCGCCGGCGACAAGCUGAUGCUGACGGAGUCCGCCGUGGAGAUCCGGCGCCGCUUCGAGGAGCACCGGGGCCUCUCCCCGGGCUCCGACGAGGCCACCCGCGCGCUCUCCGACGCCCGCGAGGCCGCGCACUUCAUCACCCACAUGAUCGUCCAGACCCAGCGCGGCCCCUCCGGAUCCUUCGUCGUGAAGCCUGAGAAGGUACAUGCUGGAGCUACAUUGGAGGUGCCUACCGAGGAAAUCCUGUCUAAAUUGAAAUAGAGAUAGGAAGCAGUUGUUAUACAAGCAUUGUACAUCUUUGGCUAGUGAAUAAAUCAGCUCUCAGCGUGCUGCCUAUCGGAUUAGUGGCUGACCAUAUAAUUACAGCAGUUUUUUUUAAUGGUCAGGCCAGCACUUUUUUGCACUAUUCAGAAGAAGUUUAGUGAUUGUGGUUACGUCUAAAAACCAUUGAAAAAACUCUAGAUGUUUUGAUACACAAUUUUGGAGAACUUGCAGAUUUAGACUGGUGUGCUGUUGUGGUUCAUCAUUGUUCUUCUCCUACUUCAAUAACACUGAGACGUGAGAAGCUAUUUGUUUGAUUUGAACUUUGAAAUGAUGUAAAGGAUCGGCAUGCAAAUCCCUCAUUGUACCGUGCCUCUAUCCAGAGGACAAGUUUUUGUAUGCA